CAGCAUCCUCACGGAGAAAAGACCAAGUGCGCUCAAAACAGAAGCCACAGCUCCUGCUGCCGCAUUUCCUCCCCAGCUUGCGAAUCCCACACCGAACAAGAUGUGCAAAGGACUUGCAGGUCUGCCGGCUUCUUGCUUGAGGAGUGCAAAAGAUAUGAAGCAUCGGCUAGGUUUCCUGCUGCAGAAGUCUGAUUCCUGUGAACAUAAUUCUUCCCACAGCAAGAGGGACAAAGUGGUAGUUUGUCAGAGGGUGAGCCAAGAGGAAGUCAAAAAAUGGGCUGAAUCACUGGAAAACCUGAUUAGCCAUGAAUGUGGUCUGGCAGCUUUCAAAGCUUUCUUGAAGUCUGAAUACAGUGAAGAGAACAUCGACUUCUGGAUUAGCUGCGAAGAGUACAAGAAAAUCAAAUCCCCCUCUAAACUAAGUCCCAAGGCCAAAAAGAUCUAUAAUGAAUUCAUCUCAGUCCAGGCAACCAAAGAGGUAAACCUGGAUUCCUGCACCAGGGAGGAGACAAGCCGGAACAUGCUAGAGCCCACGAUAACCUGCUUUGAUGAGGCCCAGAAGAGGAUCUUCAACCUGAUGGAAAAGGAUUCAUACCGCCGCUUCCUCAAGUCUCGAUUCUAUCUUGACUUGGCCAACUCUUCCAGCGCUGGGUCAGAGAAGCAGAAAGGAGCCAAGAGUUCUGCAGACUGUCCCUCCCUGGUCCCCCAGUGUGCCUGAUUCCCACAGGGUGCUGGGGGGCCGAGAUGCCAAGACUCUAUGCCUGGAACCCCUGAGGCCAAAUAUUGAUCUGUAUUAAGCACCAGGGCUUUAUCCACAUUGUAGCUUAGUGUUCAUGCUGCCUGCCAUGUGUGAGUCACUCCCGUGUAAGAAGUAGAUCUAGUUUUGGUGUUCAGGUGUUCAUUAGGGCAGGACCUCAUUCCAGUCCAGCUUUCCCAGUAUUCCUUAGGGUUCCACAUGAGCAAGUAUCCAAAGAAUGGUUUUAUAAGGGUGGCUUCCCAAAGACUGUUGCAGUUCUCUCCUCCCAACGGCUUGACCUCAGGUUGGUUGGUUGGUACAUUGCAUGUGACAUCCACAAACACAUGU